UGAUGACGUUUUGACUGUGUUGCUUUACGGCAGUGUGCGCUGUAGGUCAGAGACAAGGGAGACAGGAAGGCAAUAUUGGAUCUUCAUUUAUAAAACAAGCACCAUGGAUAACAGCGCGCCGGGAGCUGGCGGCUCGAAAGUCGGGCUCGGGGGUCUGUUCGGCGGGGGAGCCCCCGAGUAUUCAAACACAGAGCUCGCCGGGGUGCCUUUGACAGGAAUGAGCCCCCUCUCACCCUACCUGAAUGUGGAUCCACGAUACCUGGUGCAGGACAGUGAAGAGUUCAUCUUGCCCACUGGUGCCAACAAGACCCGCGGGCGCUUCGAACUGGCCUUCUUCACCAUCGGAGGCUGCUGCAUAACUGGCGCAGCAUUUGGAGCUGUGAAUGGGCUUCGCCUGGGUCUGAAGGAGACUCGAGACAUGACCUGGUCCAAACCCCGCAAUGUGCAGAUCUUGAACCUGGUGACCCGCCAGGGGGCAACAUGGGCAAACACACUGGGCUCUCUUGCGCUGCUCUACAGUGUCUUUGGAGUAGUCAUCGAGAAGACCCGGGGGGCUGAGGAUGACCUCAACACCUUAGGAGCCGGGACCUUGACGGGCAUGCUGUACAAAUCCACAGGUGGGCUCCGGGGGGCAGCACGAGGAGGUUUGAUGGGGCUGGCGCUGACGGGACUCUACGCUCUCUACAAUAACUGGGAACACUUGAAGGGCAGCACCUCACAUCAUUCGCUCUGAGCUUUGCAUGCUGGGAUGCUGGAGGACCAGCCAGUUGGACACAGAGCCCAACACCAUGAACUGAACUCAUACCCUGCAGCUAGCCCCACUUCUCCUUUACUUGGGACUUAAAUGGACCUUUGAAGCCUUCUGUUGUGCAAUCCAGUACAAUCUAAAAUCUGCGGAUUAGACAGGCAGGCUGAGCAAUACACCAUUCCUGCUGUGUCAGGUUUUUAAGUGUCCAAGUACAUAACACAGUAAUUGUUUUUUUUUUGUUUUCCCUUUUAAGUUAAAAUUCAACUGUUAUAGUAAAUCAAAGAAGGAAUAUGUAAAGUAAAUUUUCUAAUUAGAGGUGAUGUUUUUACUCGUCCCUUAGACACCAUCUUAUUAAACUGUCAGAGCUCAUUCAAA